AUGGUUAGACACAUGUCUAGAGGCUAUACCCUCAGUGGAACGGCACAUUUACAAAUAUCGAACAAUAGCUUUAACCCUGUGACUACCACAGAUACUCAAUAUCUUCGGCCUAUCCUAAAAGAAUCUAAUGUGGCUAAUAAUUUCGAUGUUUGCACAAGCCCGGCGAGGGCCAGUUCCAGUGCGACUAAAAUCAAACCGGUUUCCUCCACUAUUAAUAAAACUCCAAGUGAUAUAGCUUUGUUAGCAGAAGCAAUUACAUCACUUUCAAAAGAAAGUCAACACAACAUAAAAUUUGGAGAUGGUCGUCUACCUUUUUUUGAUGGCAAGCCUUUAGAUUGGUUAACCUUCAAACGUGUAUAUGACAACACGAAAUCAAGACAUUCUGACUCGGACAACCUAACACGUAUCAAUAUGGCGCUGCGGGGAGAGGCACAUAAUGCUGUAGCAGUGCUGUUAGUCUCCGCUCAAGACUCUACUCAGGUAAUACAAGCAUUAGCAACAAGGUUUGGUAGGCCUGAACUAAUUGUUUUACAAGAAGUGGCAAUGAUGCGUUCUCUGCCAAAGGUCAACAUCGAUUGUAGUGACCUUCAUAAGUUCGCUUGUCGUGUUCGUAAUUCAGUAGAAGUAAUGAAACUCUUAGAACAACGAUGUUAUUUAGAAUCGCCAGAACUUUUUCAAUCUAUUCUUAGUAAACUCACACCUCUAUUACGGACACGUUGGGCUGACUUUGCAGCGUCUCAUUUCCAUCAAGAGGUAACUAGACUCGAGCUCUUAGCCUCCUUCCUCACUCAAGAGGUGGAUCUACAGCUCAAACACCAUAAACUAUUACAUAUUGCUCAUGUGGUUGAAAGUGAGGUUGAACAUGGUGAAUCAUCUUCCACUCCUCAAUCUGGAGAACUUGAAGGUUCUGAUGAAUCAUCAUGCAAACAAACGACUGAUUUUAUAGCUCAUGCCAAUUUUAACAAGACAGAUUUAUUGGAAAAUCUUAUAAAAAAUUAUUACAAGUUGGAUUCGAUAGGAAUUACUAAGAAAGAACCGCGUAGUGCAGAUAAUGAACGCGCUAUUGAAAUUUUAGAACGUACAGCUAAUCGUCUUCCGUGCGGUAGAUUCGAAGUCGGUUUAUUAUGGAAAUCUAAUAAUCCUGUCAUUCCUAACAGCUAUCCUCUUGCUUUAUCGCGUUUUUUAAGUCUUGAAAAGAAAAUGAUCAGUGAUCCUACUUAUGCUGAGCGUUAUAAACAAAAUAUUCACGAUCUCGUUACUAAAGAUUAUGCCGAGAAAUGUCAAAAUGAACCUUCUUCUAAUUCUGUAUGUUGGUUUUUACCUCAUUUUGGCAUAAUAAACCCCAAUAAACCGGCAAAACUUCGAGUAGUACACGAUGCUGCCGCAAAAAUCAAAGGUGUUAGCUUAAAUUCACUUUUACUUACGGGUCCAGAUUUAUUGCAAUCUCUACUCGACAUUUUACUUCGUUUUAGAGAGGGUAAAGUAGCUAUGACUGCAGAUAUUAAGGAAAUGUUCCCUAGGUUCAAAAUUAUCGAACAUGAUAGAGAUGCUCAAAAAUUUCUUUGGCGCGACAGCCCUACUGAACCUAUACAAUCCUAUAGAAUGUCGUCAAUGAUCUUCGGAGCAGUUUCUAGUCCCUUUACAGCUAUAUAUAUGAAAAAUAAAAAUGCUCUAGAGUUUAAAGAUCAAUAUCCCGACGCGGUUCAUGGUAUUAUAUACGAUACUUACAUGGAUGAUUAUAUCGGUUCAGUAGAUUCUAGUGAUGAAGCAGCUCAGUUGGCGGCAGAUAUUGUCAACAUUCAUGCGCGCGCAGGCUUAGAGAUGCGUGGAUGGGUAUCUAAUGACCCUAAAGCGCUCCGUCUAUUGCCAAAUCAUCUUUUAUCAGAAUCGGUAUCUAAUAUUAAUCUAAACUUAGCGAAUUUUCCGUCAUCUACACCAUGCGUCCGCGCUCUAGGAUUAUACUGGCACCCAUCUAGCGACCUAAUAGGCUUUAACACUUCUAUUAAAAGUAAACAAGAAACUUUGCCUAGUUCGCUUACUAAACGUAUUAUAUUGUCUUUAAUUAUGCGAGUCUUCGAUCCAUUAGGAAUCCUCGCUCCAGUUGUUAUUCGCGGUCGUAUUUUAUUUCAAAACGUUUGGCGUAUGAAUUUGGAUUGGGACACGGAGCUCCCUCCUUCUGAACGCAUAGCCUGGAAGGAAUGGUUUCAAGAUUUAAUUAUUACCGCCGAGAUAAAAAUACCGCGCUGUUAUAACUUUCAUAGGUUGAAACCAAAUCAAAUAGAGUUGCACGUCUUUGCCGAUGCCAGCGCUCAGGCUUACGCAGCGGUGGCAUAUUGGCGCUUCGUUUAUCCUAAUGGAGACGUACAACUUACAUUGAUCUAUAGCAAGUCACGUGUAGCGCCUUUAAAACCAUCUAGUAUUCCUAGAUUAGAGUUGCAAGCUGCAUUAAUAGCCGCACGUCUAGCUACAACCAUCGUAGAAGCAGUCAAAUUUAAACCACUUAAGCGCACAUUUUGGUGCGAUUCGAUGAACGUUUUGGGUUGGCUUCGUAAUGAUGCACGAUCGUACAAGACAUUUGUAGCUCAUAGAGUAGGUGAGAUAAUAGAACUUUCAGAUGUUAGUGAGUGGCACUGGGUUCCAACCGCUUAUAAUGUUGCCGAUGAUUCAACACGUUUAAGGCGAGGCCCUUUAACUUCAGACUCACGCUGGAUAAAAGGACCUGAAUUUCUUCUAACUUCUGAUUGGCCUAAGGAACCUACUGUUUCCCAUAAUCAAACCAUCCAUACUAAUGCACCCGAGACUCACAUACAUCUCAUUAACGAAAUUGAGUCGAAUAUACCAAUUUCAGCGGAUGCACAACGUUUUAGUUCGUGGACUCGUUUAAUUCAUGCCACAGCAUAUGCUCAUCGUUACCUGUCAUUGUUACGUCUUACUUCAUUAAGAAAAAAAGGCCUGAAUAUAGAACUCAUUCAUAAAGUAGAAGGCCACAUUUUUUCCUUUCGUCCGCUAUCCAACUCAAACGUUGAUCGACAACGCAAUACAAUACGUAGCACACUUACCGCGGAAGACUUACAUUUGGCAGAAAUUCAUGUGCUACGUAAAAGUCAAUUAGAUUCUUUCUCACAAGACAUCAAAUGUAUGCAAAACGGUUUACCCGUGUCACACCGUAGUAGGUUAUCGAAACUGCCAGCUAUUAUUGAUAAAAAUUCCGUUUUACGUCUAUCAACACGCAUUGUAGCUGUCUCUGGAAUACAAGAAGAUACGAAGUAUCCAAUAUUACUCGAUGGAAAGAAUCCUGCUGUUCGGUUACUUGUAUUACGCUAA